AUGGCCCUUUCCGCAAGACAUGCCCGAGAGGAGAACCAUGGCAUUGAUCAAGCCGGACAGCCCCGUGAUGCCCAAGCUCUGAAUCACAAUCACCCGCAGGCUGGCAGCCGACCCGGCGGCAUGAUCUUCAAUGGCCCCCAUGAGCCUCUUGUCCCUGAAACUGCAAAGGAUGCCCACUACCAAAGCGCCAAGUACAUAGAACCCAACCAGUCUGUAGAAAAUGAGCUUGGCGACGCGCCGGAAAUGGUGAAUCCGGCAUUUGACAGCAUGACCUUCCACCAGCGCAGAAAGCGACCUACCGCUGGCGCCCUCAGCGUCGCGACGGCACUGUACCCGACGCAGACGAGGAUGAGUCUCGGCUCCCAUGCCCAGGCACUCUCUGACUCUCUCGCCCGCGCUGGCCUUGUCCCGGGUAGCGCCGCGACCCUGAUGCCUCGGACUUCUAGCCCUCGACCCAACUGUCUAUCCCGUUUGACGGGAAGGCAGCCGAACUAG